AAUAUUUGUAUUAGCCGAGCCGGCUCGCUAAUGGUGGACGCGUGAGGCGGAGGCGCGAGCGGCGCAGAGGCCGGAGCGGGCAGCGCGGCGGCGCCAUGUCCGUGAACAUGGACGAGCUCAAGCACCAGGUCAUGAUCAACCAGUUCGUGCUGACGGCGGGCUGCGCGGCCGACCAGGCGAAGCAGCUGCUGCAGGCGGCCCACUGGCAGUUCGAGACAGCCCUCAGCGCCUUUUUCCAGGAGACCAACAUACCCUACAGCCACCACCAUCACCAGAUGAUGUGCACUCCUGCCAACACCCCUGCCACACCCCCCAACUUCCCUGACGCCCUCACCAUGUUCUCCCGUCUCAAGGCUUCUGAGAGCUUCCACGGAGGCAGCAGCGGGAGCCCAAUGGCCAUGACAGCCACCUCGCCCCCACCACACCUCCCCCAUGCCGCCACGGGCAGCUUUGCAGCACCCAGCUGGCCAACUGCAGCCUCACCCCCCGGAGGCCCACAGCACCACCAGCCACAGCCACCCCUGUGGACUCCGGCACCCCCUUCCCCGCCUUCAGACUGGCCACCCCUGGCCCCCCAACAGGCUGCCUCAGAACCCAGGGCCCACCCUGCUAUGGAGGCAGAGAGAUAAGGGAGGCCCCUCCCCCCUCCCGGAGGCCAGGACCCCGUGGGGCGGGGGAGAGGACGUCUCCAUGGGCCCCCUUGACCCCUUCUCUGUCUGCGCCCCUGUGCCCCAGAGCCCUGGAGGGGGUGAUGGGACUCUACCCAGGCGGGUGUGUGUCGUGCCAGCAUGCACAGCUGCACUCAUGCGAGUUCACGGAGCACAGGCACACAGCCCCCAGCUCGCAUGGACUUGGCUCAAGAGUGGCUUAGGUACCUGAUGGACGGCACCUUGGAGACCAACAAGCCUUCCCAAGAGGACUCACCCACCCUCCCCUGACCCAGCCCAGGGGUGCUCCAGGCAGUCACCCAGUGGAGACAUGGCCAGCUCCUGACUUGGCGCUCCGCGGGGCUGGCAGGCCUAGGUCCCUACACUUGGGAAUGCAGAGCCUUCUCCGCAUGUGCGUUGUGUAGCUGUGUCUGUAUUUAUACGUUUGUCACUCUUUAAAAAGCAACCUAGAUUACGGGGCAGCUGGACUUUGCAUGUUAGAGUGAGCCCCAAGCCCCUUGCCCACCACCCUUCCCCUCAGGGCCUUGCCUCACCCCAGCCCCUUGUCAGCCAGCAUUGCUCUUUCCUGCAGAGAAAAGGAUUAUGGGAAACUCCAGGACUCCUCCCACUAUCCCCAGCGCCUGCCUGCUGGGGCUGCCUGCAUGCCUCCCCCAGAACCCAGGGGUACCUGAUUCCUAUCUCCUUUCCCCAUUUUAACAGAAGAGAAGAAAAUUCCAAACCAC